GCUGGUCCGCGAGCGGGUAGGUGCUGAGGAAGCGGCCGCCCUCCCGGCCCGCGCUCCGGCUCUCGGCCCCUCCCCCGCGGCCGGCCGCGUCAUGCCAGCCGCUGCCCGGCGAUAGUGCCCGGGGACGCCGCCGCCGCCGCCGCCCGCCCGAAGCCGCGCCCACUGCCCAGAGCCAGAGGGAUGGUGGUAGUCACGGGGCGGGAGCCAGACAGCCGUCGCCCGGACGGUGCCAUGUCCAGCUCCGACGCCGAAGACGACUUUCUGGAGCCGGCCACCCCGACGGCCACGCAGGCGGGGCACGCGCUGCCCCUGCUGCCCCAGGAGUUUCCUGAGGUUGUCCCCCUUAACAUUGGAGGGGCUCACUUCACUACACGCCUGUCUACCUUGCGGCGCUACGAAGAUACCAUGUUGGCGGCCAUGUUCAGUGGGCGCCAUUACAUCCCCACGGACUCCGAGGGCCGGUACUUCAUUGACCGAGAUGGUACACACUUUGGAGACGUGCUGAAUUUCCUACGCUCGGGGGACCUGCCUCCCUGGGAGCGUGUACGGGCUGUGUACAAGGAGGCCCAGUACUACGCCAUCGGGCCCCUCCUGGAGCAGCUGGAGAACAUGCAGCCACUGAAGGGUGAGAAGACCAUCUGGAGCGGAUUGUGGAGAUCGCCCGGCUGCGUGCAGUACAGCGGAAGGCCCGCUUUGCCAAGCUCAAGGUCUGUGUCUUCAAGGAGGAGAUGCCCAUCACCCCCUACGAGUGUCCCCUCCUCAACUCCCUGCGCUUCGAGCGGAGCGAGAGUGACGGGCAGCUCUUUGAGCACCACUGUGAAGUGGAUGUGUCUUUCGGGCCCUGGGAGGCCGUGGCUGAUGUUUAUGACCUGCUGCACUGCCUGGUCACAGACCUCUCAGCCCAGGGCCUCACCGUGGACCACCAGUGCAUCGGGGUGUGUGACAAGCACCUCGUCAACCACUACUACUGCAAGCGCCCCAUCUAUGAGUUCAAGAUCACAUGGUGCUAGUGAGGCAAACUACGAGGAGGAAGUGCGUGUGCGUAGAGAGCAGAUCGUUAAGCCCAGUGCUUCCAGUGACCUGGCCUUGGCCCCUUGUCCCCGCCCCCCGCCCCCACCACAGACUUCACAUUGCUCGGCUGUUUAGAGUCUGUACCCUUAAGACAGGGAGAAACUCGUUUGCUCAAAAACAGGUCCUGAAGGCCUGCUCAGGGUUACUGGGAUGCUGGCUAAUGACACUGUCCCUGUGCCUCUUGCUGGAGACACCCCUGUUUCUCUGUCCCCCUGUGUUGUCCUCGCAGUGGUUAUGUUUGUGCCACUGUGGGAGACAAGGCUCUGGGCCAGUAGAGCAGGCAGGGGACACUGGGCAGCCAGCUUAGAGUUCUUUCUAAAUGGAGCUAAAGCGUUCAGUGGCCCAGUCUGGCCAUUCACUGAUGAGAAGCCAAGGCCAGGUUAAAAAGUGUAAUUGGAUGUGGUGGUUUGUGGUAAUGGCCUCCAAGUAAAGGGGUCAUCCCUGCGGAAGUGGCUUCUCCCAGUUUGAUCCUUUUCCAACUCUAAGUGGCCGGCCCAGAGCACAGGAAGGGUUGGGUAUGGAAGGAAGACUCCAAAGGAUGAAAGCUUUUCCCUGUGUGAAAGAAAGUAUAUUUUCAUAGAAUUCUUGUGCAUAAUGUCAAUAAAUGCCUCUUAUCUUGACAAGGGACUAGAUUUAUUUUUUCAUCGAGACAGGCCAGUAGUUAUCGAUGAGUCAAACCAAAGUGCUUGCCUUUGGAGCUUCCCUUUCGUUUGACCUUUUUCCCUGGCACCCUGCUCACUGGUUGGGAAGGUGAAAGUUUUAGGAGAUAGGACCGUAUGGUGUAAUGCUAGCCAUAACAAAAUUCAAUAAAAAUAAAUAAUCUAAUAGUAACAAACAAGACUGAAACAAAACUACACUGAAACACAUCCCACCCCAGGGGAGGAAUUUUUUGGCAAUGCUCUAAAUGGAAGAGAGGAGCCGUCACCCCCUUAUUCUACCUCUGCCUUGUUCGCCAGGCAUACCAUGCCACAAGCAGACAACUGCACUCUGGAAGUUUCUGUUCUUUUUCUGGGGCUUAGGGUAUUCUUGGAGCUGUCUGAGCCUUGUGCCUCAGGCUGAUUAAGGGAUAGAAUCUUCCUGUUCCGAGUUGCCCGCUGGAGGACUAGGAAAUAGAUACUUGCAAGACAUGGAGGGGGGUGGACAUCUGUGUGUCAUCUGGGUCUAGGCUGGGUCCAACAAACACUACGCACACUGACCAUUGUGAUCCCAGUAAGAAUUUCAAACACUGUCCUUCUGCCCUUAUUUGAUUCUAAUACAAGUGAUGAAGCUUUCUUGGUACUGCUUAGCUGGGGCUCUUGCAUGAAGGAGGUGCCUGUCUCGUGGUCCUUAAAAGAGAGACGCUUUCUUCCUCUGAAGCUGGAGUGUUGGGAACUGGGGUGGGAGAGGCACUUUUUGGAAUUCUGGACAAAGCACAUAUAUGUGUGUAUGUUAAAUGGGGAAGGGUGGGCUGGCAAGGGGUUGAGGGAGGUGGAAACGAAGAUUGGGUGUAGGAACAGGCAGUCACCUCCAGAGUGUGGGAGAUCACGUGGGUCCAUUGUCUUCCUUCUGUACAGCGUUGGGUUUCUGCACCCAGUGUAACACUUACCAUGCGGGUUCAUGUACCUGUCUGUGAGCACUUUGGUGUGUGGAGCCUCAGUACCCUUGGAGGGCAUUAAAGUCAAGAACUAGAA